AUGUCGCUCAAGGAGAAGGCCAACGCUCUCAGACGGGAUGUUGAUCGCCUUCUAACAGCAGGAGGUGACAUCGCCGUCCCGAUUCUCAGAGCCAUCAAUGCUGCAUCCGAUGCAUUCCCUCCCCUAAAAGGUCCCACUAGCGCCGCCCUCUUCAUCUUCAGCGAGGUCGAAAAGUUCAAGUCGGAUAGGAAAGAAUGGAAGGAAUUUGGGAAAUAUGUGGUUGAUGUUGUAGCGGAUGUGCUAGCGGCCAUCGAAUCCUAUGACACUUCAACGGAAGAGGCAAAACCUUGGCUAAAGAACGCCAAGAAGCUGGACGACGCGCUAAAACAGAUCGUCGCCGAAAUCGUACCGAUCCUCACAAAAAUGAAGAAGCGGCACGCUCUUAUCAACUACUUCUCACAGUUGAAGGAUCCGGGCAGGAUUGAUGACUUCAAGAAAGUUCUCGACAAAGCGUUGACAUCAUUUCAGCUGAGAACUAACCUAACGACCGGCGCCAAAUUAACAGACAUAGCAAAUAACCAGGACCGUUCAGAGAGCGAUUUGAUUUUGAGUGAACUGCGAUAUCCCAUCAUCGCCCACCAUGACCCAGCUGAGGCAUGCAUGGAGGGCACCCGAACAGAUCUUGUCGACUGUAUCAUGAGCUGGUGUCACAACAUGGAGGACGACGCGAAGCGGGUGAUGCUACUGACAGCCGUAGCCGGCGCUGGCAAGACAUCCGUUGCCCAUUCAAUCGCGGCGAAGUGCAAGAGCGAAGGGUCACUGUUGUUGUCCUUUUUCUUCAAAGCAGGCGAACAGUCGCGGCCAGAUCGCCUGUUCAGCGGCAUGGCUCGAUCUCUAGCAAAACGCGACCCCUCAUACUGUGCCUCCAUCAUAUCCAUUCUUAGGGACGAUCCAACCCUUGCCACUGCAUCUUUCCCAGUACAAUUCGAGAAGCUCGUGGCUGGACCUCUCCUUCGGAAGGCUUUCGGCGAUCCUGUGGUAGUAAUUGUUGAUGCUUUGGAUGAGUGUGAGCCGCGAGACUUGGAACGCCUUGCCAAUAUACUUCGGAAUGAAGUGCCAAAAUUACCAUCCAACAUCAAGUUCUUUGUCACGUCAAGACAAACUUACCUCGUGGAUCGUCUUCUUUCACCCAAUUUUCCUAUCGACCGAUUUGGCAUUGACAUCUUAGAUAAUGCCAAUAAGCAAGACUGCUCUGUUUACAUCCGCGCGCAGCUGCGUUGUCUGAAGAAUGAUCAUUUGGGUCAGGGAGACGAAUUCGAUGAAGAUUUGUUGGUUCAAAACAUGUCGGAGAAAGCUGGUGGCUUGUUCAUCUGGAUCAGCACCGUCUUCCGUUAUGUGAGGCUGGCCAAGAAGCCGAGGAAAACGCUGGAUAGGCUGCUCAAUACAGGUGCCUCUCGAUCAACGGGUUCUCCUGAAGGAGUGAUGGGUACGCUGUAUACGGCCAUUCUGGACAAAUGUGAUUGGGAGGAUGAAGAUUUCGUGCAUGACUACCACAUCGUUAUGGGGGCGAUCCUGAUUGCUGAGCAACCGCUGUCUACUGCAACGUGGGAUGCAAUUUUGUCGCCCAUCCUAAACUCCUCCAUCCGUGACACGCUAGUUGAACUUGCUCCGCUCUUAUUAGGAGUCUCCCAUUCCGACACACCAAUCCGCAUCAUUCAUCAGUCGUUCCGUGAUUUCCUCAUGGCCAAAUUGAUGGCCCUGCGCCUUACCGAGAUCUUGAAUAAAGAUCUUUGCUGUGUGGAGGGUUUGGGGCUGAUCGAAUAUUUGGGCCGAAAGGACGUACUGCCGCACAUCCAUCAAGAGAUGCUGUCGGAACAACUCCGUUACUCGUGUCGGUAUAUCGUGUACCACCUCAACAAAGUUCUGGAGCCGCUAGAGGCACUCAGUGGAUCGGUUCUCACAUUUCUGAAUCAGCAUAUAACACGCUGGGUGGAGGUCUGUGUGAGAACAGAAGGAUACAUCAGUGUGUUGUCAUUUCCCAGUGGGCUAAGGUAUUACAUAAAUAUCAGUGUGGCUUAUAAGGGAUUCUUAUUCAGUCUUGUUCUCUUUCAGUUGAGCGUUGAUCGGCAUUCAAAGAAAGACAUUCAAAAGUUGGUCCGAGUACUUGACAAAGUGAGACGGAAUCUGUCAUUCUUUUCAAGAUUUCAGGAGGCACAUGAGUUGGCAAAGGAUUCCGUAGCCCUCUCACAUUAUCUUGUGUCAGCGGAUUCAGAGUUGUACACCCCAGAUUUGGCUAGAUCGCUCAACAAUCUUUACGUAUCAUUGGACAAUCUGGGACGUCACUCUGAAGCGCUCCCAGUGAUCGAAGAAUGUGUCAAGCUCUGGUGCGAGCUUGUUGCUGUUCAUCCCACGUCAUACACCCCAGAUUUGGCUCGAUCGCUCAACAAUCUUUAUGCAUCAUUGGGAAAUCUGGGACGUCAUUCCGAGGCACUGCAAGUGAUUGAGGAAAGCGUCAAGCUUUGGCGCGAGCUUGUUGCUGUUCAUCCCAUGUCAUACACCCCAGAUUUGGCUUUGAAUGAAGAAAGUGUGAAGCUCUGGCGUGAGCUUGUUGCUAUUCACCCAACAUCAUACACCCCAGAUUUGGCUCGGUCGCUCAACAAUCUUUACAUAUCAUUGGGAAAUCUGGGACGUCAUUCCGAGGCACUCCCAGUAAUUGAAGAAAGUGUCAAGCUCUGGUGCAAGCUUGUUGUUGUUCAUCCCGCGUCAUACACCCCAGAUUUGGCUUUGUCACUCCACAAUCUUGAUGAAUCACUAUGCAAAGUGGGACGUCAUUCUGAGGCACUGCCAGUGAUUGAAGAAAGUGUCAAGCUCUGGCGCGAACUUGUUGCUGUUCAUCCCACAUCAUACACCCCUGAUUUGGCUCAAUCGCUCGACAGUCUUACGAUAUCAUUGGACAAUCUGGGACGUUACUCUGAGGCACUCCUGGUGAUCAAAGAAAGUGUCAAGCUCUGGCGCGAGCUCGUCGCUGUUCAUCCCAUGUCAUACACCCCAGAUUUGGCUCGAUCACUCCACAAUUUUAAUGAAUUAUUACGCAAAGUGGGACAUCAUUCCGAGGCACUGCCGGUGAUUGAAGAAAGCGUCAAGCUCUGUCGCGAGCUCAUUACUGUUCAUCCCACGUCAUACACUCCCAACUUGGCUCAAUCACUCAUCAAUCUUAAUAUAUCAUUGGUCAAUCUGGGACGUUACUCCGAUGCACUCCCAGUGAUUGAAGAAAGUGUCAGCCUCUUGCGCAAGCUCGUUGCUGUUCAUCCCACGUCACACAACCCAGAUUUGGCUCGAUCACUCCACACUCUCGCUCUCUCAUUCGAUUACCUCGAUUGCCCCACUGAAGCAGUGCCUUUCAUCGAAGAAUCCAUUUCUCUUUGGCGUUCUAUACACGUUACUCAUCCAAUCCCAUAUGCUGCUGAUUUAGCCUGGGCAUUGCGGGAUCUAUCCAGGAUACUUCCAUGCCUGAGCCGCUAUGCAGAAGCAUUUGAUAUGGGUGAAGAAGCGAAAUUAUACUCUCGUCAGCUUCGUUCUGAAUACCCUGACAUCUAUGCAAAUAUCUUCGACUGUCAUAUGCCACUAUGGCUGCUCCGUUGGAAGGUCUUGGAAGGGGUCAUCAGUUAG